AAGGCGUUUUAAUAAAGCUUUCAAAUCUUUCGAAUUCGUUAAGAUCGUUAGAUCUUUGAAGAUUUUUCAAGGUUUUUAAACUCAUGUAAUAUCAGAGGUAUUUCGAGUAUUUGUUAUACCUUAAAUUGUUAGAAAACUCGUGAAAUAAAAAUAACGAAAUACCCAUAACCAAAAAAGUGCGUUGUUAUCGAUCGAAUGCUCGGUCGAUCAUAACGACUUGCUUCAAUAUCGGGUGAAACAGUUCAUAUCAAAGAUACAUAAUCAAUAUUCUAGUUAAAGGAUCCCAGACGUACAGCGAUUCGAUUUACCAGUAUACGUAUCGUAUAUACCGAGUAUUUGGUAACGUCCAUGACAACUGACAAUAACGGCUGUGAGUCCGCGAAUGCUUUUUUUCUUUUCUUUUUAAAGUAUACCCUACCAUAAACCAUUUCGCUUGACUUGCCUACCUGAACUGGAACUUUCCUCAAAAUUUUCAUGAAAACUGAUCUCUCUAUCAUAUUACUUUAAUUAUGAGUUUUUUAACCGAACAAACAUUGAAAUAUGUAUGCUUAAAACUUGAUUCAGUUUCCAUGUGAAAUUUCGAAGAAGGAAGCGACGAUCUUAUUCCAUCGACACGACAGAUGCAUGAAUAUAGCAAUGAUUUACGUACUCACCGUAUGCAGCCGAUUCCAACAAUGUUACAGCAUAUUUGUCACUUAUUUUGCGAAUAAAGAACACUACUUGCGAAAGGUGGUUACGUCGAUUCGGGUGCUACUGAUAUGCAUCUCAGGAUCCAUCGCGAACACACAAACGAUGACAAAUUCUACACAUAUUUUAAUGUUCCAAUACACAAAUCCACAAAGCGUUAACGAUUUCGAGUAAUUAAGAUGAAACUGUACUUACCAUAUUUAAAAUAUUGCUCGAGAGACGUAACCACGCGAUGAGCAAAUCCCGUCACGCCGCCGGUUUGAAUGUUGAAGUAGGUUUCGAUCGUGCAAUCGACUAACCGGAAGUCCGCGCACUUCACGGCGAAACGUCCGUAAAAAUUUAACGAUCAUUCUCGAAAAGAUCGAGGAUUUGCGCUGAAUUCAAUGCACUUGCAGUAAAUUAUUUUUUUACGAAGAGAAAAGAAAUUAUCCUGCCCCAAAAUCCUUGUUCAGCGUAGCUAAAAACUAGCCUUUUUUUAAGCGUUCAAUUUUGAAAACCCACAAACGACUAACGCGCCCUCUGUCGAACUUAAAUGAAACUUUAUUUUAAGAGAACGCAAUCGCUAUACAAACUCGUACAAUUACGAUAUCAGUCGUAAUUAUUUAGUUAAAUUACACAUAAACUGAAUAAUUUUGUUCUUGUAUAGUUUUACCGGUGAAGCGACUACAAAUACAGUGUACAAGAUAUUGUACUAACGAAUAUUACUGAUACUUGUCACGCAAUGACUAUGGAUUAUUAUGUAUUAUUAUUAUAAAAUAUAUCGUUAGUUUUCAAGCAAACGAAAUAAACAUGAGAAUGUGAAGAGAUAAAAAAUUGUAACAUAUUUGUUGAUGGCCAAUAUCAAAUAUGUAUAAAAACAUGUUAACGAAUAAAAUUUAAAAAUAUUUUAAAAAAUGUGGGAACAGCUGUAUAUUUAUGAAGCACGUGGAUAUAUGUAUUGUGUCAAUCUCAUCGCUGGACGAUGUUACGCGAACCCUAAUUAAGUAGCGUUUGUCAAUAAAAUUGUUAAAUAAAUUGUUAAAGAAUGCCGAAACGUCCGUGUCCGUUUGAGGAUGAUUUAUUGCCUCAAAUGAAAGUACACGUAGGUCAAAAACAAGUUGACAAUGGAGUGAGCAAUGAAGAACGAAUGAAAAUUGUUUAUGGAAAAACUCUAAAUUUAUUAAAAGAAGGUGUCAAAACAUUAUCACAGAGACUCAACAAUUCCACAGAGAUAGAUUCCAUUGAUCUACUAUCACCACAAGUACUUUCCUCUUGCAAAUCCAAACAUGAACAUAAUUCUAAGCAAAUGGUAUUAAAUAGUAAAUUACAACUAUUAGGAGUAGAUAAAGCCAUACAGGAUAUUCAACCAAAAUAUGAUCUGUGUGAAUGCAGCAAAGUAAUAAAUCCAACUACAUGUAACAAAUGCUCUUAUUGUGAUCAACUAUUAUGUAAUUCUUGUCUCUUAGAAUGUAUUAGUUGUUCAGAGUUGUUUUGUCAGAAUUGUUCUUUACCUGUGUAUGAUCAUGAAGAAAAAAGCAAGUGCCUUAAUUGUUAUAGAUGAAACCAACAGUGUUUUAUAUUAUUUUUUAUAAUCCAUAUUUAUGUUUUUUACUAAUACUAAUUAUAUGAAAUACCAAUUACAUGAUUUUGUAUGAAA